AUGGAAAGAAGAAUAAAACGACCAUCAGACGACACUGUUUAUAAUUACAAUAAUAACAAAAAAUCAAAAUUCUUAGUAACAACAACUAAAUCUUAUUUUGAAAAUUUACCAAAUGAAACAUUUUAUGAAAUAUUUGAAUAUCUUGAAUAUAAUGAUAUUUAUCAUGGAUUUUUUUAUCUUAAUAAACGAUUUCAAAAUCUUCUUAUUAAUUUAAAUAUUCCAUUUCAAAUAAAUCUUUCAACAAUAUCAAAAUUGCAAUUUGAUCUUUAUAAUAAAAAUGUUUUUCAACCAAAUAAACAUCAAAUAAAACUUCUUCGUUUAUCAAAUCCAUUUACAAUUGAUAUGAUUUUUUCUUCACCACGUCUUAUUUGUAAUUUAAUUCGAAUUGAAAAAUUAAUAUUUGAUCAUAUCAAUUCAAAAUAUCUUAAUAACAUUCUUAAAUAUUUAAUGCAUUUACCUAAAUUACAUUCAUUAAUUCUUUCUCCUAUUGAUUAUAUUCAAAAUCCAACUAUAAUUUUUAAUCAAAUAUUUCGUUUAAAAAAAUUAAAAUAUUGUAAAUUAACAUAUAAAAUCAAAGAUAAUGAAAAUAUAUUACCAAUAGAUUUUGAUCAAUAUGAACAAAAUUCUAUUGAAUAUUUGAUAAUAAAUAGUCCUUUUCGAUAUGAAUCAUUUCAAAAAUUAUUUAUUUAUCUACCAAAACUUCGUCAUUUAUCAAUUAAUUAUCUUCUUGGAUCAAAUAAUUCACAAAUAAAUUUUUAUCCAAUUGAAUUAAAAGAUUUAAAAUAUGUUUCUUUUGAUCUUCAUUCAAUUAAUUUUCGUCAAUUUAAAAAAUUAAUAAAAAAUUUCUUUCAUCAUAUUGAAGUUUUACGUAUUUCAACAUUCGAUGAUUUCUCAUAUUCACAUGCAGAACAAUGGGAAGAACUAAUUUCAUCUUCAAUACCAAAUUUACAUAUAUUUGAUAUGAAAAAUAGUUAUACUACAGCAAUGGAUGGAUUUUUAUAUCUUUGUUUAAGUGGUCACUUUCGAUCAAAGUUCUGGGAAGAAAAACAAUGGUUUUUUGAUCAUCAAUAUGAUUGUCAUGAAAGUUCAAAUAAUGGAACGUUUUAUUCAACAAAUCCAUAUCGAAGAAAAGAUCAUACAUUUCAUUGGCAAUACAAUCAUUGUAUUGAUUCAAAUGUUAAAAAACAUGAUUUUAAAUCGGUUAAACAUAUUAAUAUUUGUGGUAAACGAGCUAUUAACAAUUAUGUCAUUUAUUUUUCAAAUGCUACUGAAUUAACUAUUAAAAAUUAUGGUAAAACAUAUUAUGGAUCGAUGUUAACAGUUCUUAAUCAAAUUCUUCCUUUAAAACAACUUAAGAAAUUAAUUAUUGAUUGUAAUGAUUUUCCAAUUCAACAAGUUUUAAAUUUAAUAAGUUUGACACCAAAUUUGCGUUUAUUAAAAUGGAAUUUUCAAUCGAUUGAUCAAACUAAAUUAAAAUUAAUUGAACAAAGUGAAACUUUUCGAUCUCUAUCAAAUACAAAUAAAAUUCAAAAUUUACAAAUUCUUCAUUGUUGUUUAUUCGAUGAAAUUCAAUUUUUUAUUAAAUUAUUUCCACAAUUAGAAUCUCUACAAAUUGCUGUGUUUAGAAAACAAAUCAUUCAAAUUAUACGAUGUUUAUUAUCAAAAAUGGAUCAUUUAUUUUUCUUACAUAUUACAGAUAUCAUUAAAACAUAUUUACAAAAAUUAAAUUUUUUAAUUAAAUCAGAAAAUUUACUUAAUGAUUAUUUGAUUAAAUUUAUUGAUCAUGAUUUAUAUUUAUGGUGGUAG